CUCUAUAAAUAUGCAUUCAUGCUUUCGUUAAAGAAAAAUUUUCAAGAAAUAGCUCAAGUAUUACUUGGUGGUGUGCUUUUCAGCUUUUCAUUCGUGGACCUUUCAAAGAUUCCAUCGCCAGUAAAUUCUACUUUUACAGGUUUUCAAACAUUCCAUCCUGAAAUUAAAAACCUCGAUAUAGAAACAUGGGAUUCGAUGCUCAUUUUCACUUCUAUCUUACUAUUAGUUCCUGGAGUGUUUAUGCUAAUGUGGUCAUUAAAAUACGAAACACUUAAUAUCUUUAUAUUUAAUGAUGAAAAAACUUCAACUUCAACAACUCUUUUUAAUAAAUUACUUGCUGGUUAUUGUAUCGUAACUGGCCUUAGUCUCGAUGUAGCAGUUUUAAUCCAAUUUAUAAGACUAUUCCGUACGACAAAACAAAAUUACAAAGAAGGUUAUAUUAGUUUACCCCAUCAUAUUCCUGAUGAUGAUGAAAUGAUAUCGGAGGAACAUGAUCAGCCGAAUAGUCAUAAUAAUGAUUGUCAUCUUAGACAUGUGCUUUUAUUACCUCUCGCAGCGUUUUUCCAUGUAGUAGGAAAUGUAUUAAAUACUGUCUUCUUGACUAAUGCACUUGC